CCUCUGUGAGCUGGCCCUGGCCACGGUCCACGCAGCGCGGCGCAGCGAGGUGGAUGGGACUCGGGGUACGCUGCACCGACCUUGGCGGUUGUUGGAGGAGCAGCAGCGCUGUGAUUCCGGGGUACCAGGGCGCGGCCAGGCCCGGUUAGUGCCCCCCCACACCUCUACCCCGGCAUGGCCAGCUCGGCCGUGCAGCUCCUGGGCUUCCUGCUCAGCUUCCUGGGUCUGGUGGGCACGCUCAUUACCACCAUCCUGCCACACUGGCGGAGGACGGCGCACGUGGGCACCAACAUCCUGACGGCUGUGUCCUACCUGAAGGGGCUGUGGAUGGAGUGCGUGUGGCACAGUACGGGCAUCUACCAGUGCCAGAUCUACCGCUCGCUGCUGGCGCUGCCUCGAGACCUGCAGGCGGCCCGGGCCCUCAUGGUCAUCUCGUGCCUGCUGUCCGGCCUGGCCUGCGCCUGCGCCGUGGUGGGCAUGAAGUGCACACGCUGUGCCAAGGGCACGCCGGCCAAGGCCACGUUCGCCGCGCUGGGCGGCGGCCUCUUCCUGCUGGCCGGCCUGCUCUGCAUGGUGGCCGUGGCCUGGACCACCCACGACGUGGUGCAGAAUUUCUACAACCCCCUGCUGCCCAGCGGCAUGAAGUUCGAGAUCGGCCAGGCCCUCUACCUGGGUUUCAUCGCCGCCUCCCUCUCGCUCAUCGGUGGCACCCUGCUCUGUCUGGCCUGCCAGGAAGACGCCCCCUACAGGCUGUACCGAGGCCCGCCCAGGCCCGCCACCACCGCCGCGCCCGCCUACCACCCCCCGGCCGCCUACAAGGACAACCGGGCCCCCUCUGUGGCCUCAGCGUCCCACAGCGGGUACAGGCUGAACGACUAUGUGUGAGUGACCCCUGGGGCCUGACCCUCUCCAGGAGGCCCUCUGGGCUGCUGGAC